AUGUAUUCAACAGGUUCCUACUCUAGUCCUUACAUGGUCACAGUUGCUGAUUUGAACAAUGACAAACGAUUGGAUAUUGCCGUAGCGAAUUUCGGCACUAACAAUAUCGGGAUCUUUCAUGGAUUUGGGAAUGGAUCUUUUGCAAGUCAAAUAGAACUUUCAACAGGCUCAUCUCGUCCGAUAGCAAUUAUUGCCGUUGAUUUCAACAAUGACUCACUACUUGAUAUUGCCAUUGCGAAUUACGGAACUCACAGUAUUAGUAUAUUCUAUGGAUAUGGCCAUGGAAAUUUUUCGCCUCCAAUUACGUAUUCAACAGGUUAUGAUUCUCUUCCAUCCUCAUUAGCUGCUGGAGAUUUCAAUAACGACAACUAUUUAGAUCUCGCCAUCGCCAAUUAUGGCACGAAUAAUGUUGGCAUACUUUUUGGAAAUAGUAACAGAACUUUUGAAAAACAAAUCACGUUUUCAACUGGACUUGCUUCCCAUCCAUACUCAAUCGCUAUUGGCCACUUCAAUGACGAUGAAUUUGUCGAUAUAGCUAUCGCCAAUUCUGGAACACAUAAAAUAGUUGGUCUUACCCCAUGUUCUGUAGCUGUUGGCGAUUUCAACAACGACAAUCGACUAGAUAUUGUUGUCGCCAAUGGGGAUAGCAAUGAUGUGGGUGUCCUUCUGGGAAAUGGAAAUGGUUCUUUUGAAAAACAAACAAGGUAUUCAGCUGGCUUUCAACCACAAUCUGUAGUUGUUGGUGAUUUCAACAACGACACUCGACUGGAUAUCAUUGUCGCCAACCAUUAUAGUGAUGAUGUGAGUAUCCUUCUUGGAAAUGAAAAUGGUUCUUUUGAAAAUCAAACAAGGUAUGCAGCGGGCUCUUAUCCACAAUCUGUAGUUGUUGGUGAUUUCAACAACGACACUCGACUAGAUAUCGUUGUCGCCAAUGGGGGUACCAAUGAUGUGAGUGUCCUUCUUGGAUAUGGAAAUGGUUCUUUCGAAAAUCAAACAAGGUAUUCAGCUGGCUCUUCUCCACAAUCUGUAGUUGUUGGUGAUUUCAACAGCGACAAUCGACUAGAUAUCGUUGUCGUCAAUUAUUAUAGCGAUGAUGUGAGUGUCCUUCUUGGAUAUGGAAAUGGUUCUUUUGAAAAUCAAACAAGGUAUUCAACCGGCUCUUAUCCACAAUCUGUAGUUAUUGGUGAUUUCAACAGCGAUACUCGACUAGAUAUCGUUGUCGUCAAUUAUGGUAGCAAUGAUGUGAGUGUCCUUCUUGGAAAUGGAAAUGGUUCUUUUGAAAAUCAAACAAGGUAUUCAGUUGGCGAUUUUCCAUUUUUUAUAGCUGUUGGUGAUUUCAACAAUGACACUCGACUAGAUAUCGUUGUCGGCAGUUCUUGGAGCAGUGAUGUGAGUGUUCUUCUUGGAAAUGGAAAUGGUUCUUUUGAAAAUCAAAAACGAUAUCCCGUUGGCAGAUUCCCAAUAUCUGUAGUUGUUGGUGAUUUAAACAACGACACUCGACUAGAUAUCGUUGUCGCCAAUGGGGGUAGCCAUGAUGUGAGUGUGCUGCUGCAAUAUAAAAGAGGAGCGAUAACAUAUAAAAUGGCGUAUGCAUCUGGCGGUGGAUCUAACCUACAAUGCGUAGUGAUUGGUGAUUUGAACAAUGAUGCUAACCUAGAUAUCAUCUUAGCUAAUUAUGGCACUAAUAAUAUCGGCGUCCUUUUUGGACUUGGAAAUGGUAGUUUUCAAAACCAAAUGAUGCUCAGCGCUGGUGCCAAUUCUCAUCCGAUUUCCAUCGCCGUUGGAGACUUCAAUGGUGACCGCGAAGUGGAUAUUGCUUUAGCCAAUAAUGGUACCAAGCAUGCAGAUAUGAUGCUUGGAAAUGGGAAGGGAAAAUUUACAAUUCAAACAAGUUAUGAAAUUGAUUUUGAUUCACCUCCGUUAGAUAUGGCUUCUGGUGAUUUUAAUAAUGACAAACGAUCAGAGAUCGUCAUCGCUAAUGGUGGAAGUAAUCAUGUGGAUAUCUUUGUUGCGUACAAUAAUGGUUCUUUUGAAAAUCAAACAAGGUAUUCAACUGGCUCUUCUCCACAAUCUGUAGUUGUUGGUGAUUUCAACAACGACACUCGACUAGAUAUCAUUGUUGCCAAUGUGAAUAGCGAUGAUGUGAGUGUCCUACUUGGAUAUGGAAAUGGUUCUUUUGAAAAUCAAACAAGGUAUUCAACUGGCUCUGGUCCAAGAUCUGUAGUUGUUGGUGAUUUCAACAACGAUACUCGACUAGAUAUCGUUGUCGCCAAUGGGAAUAGCGAUUACGUGAGUGUCCUUCUUGGAAAUGGAAAUGGUUCUUUUACGAAACAAAGAAGAUAUUCAGCUGGCAUUUAUCCAUCAUAUAUAGUUGUUGGUGAUUUAAACAACGACAGUCAACUAGAUAUCGUUGUCGCCAAUUAUGGUAGCAAUGAUGUGAGUGUUCUUCUUGGAAAUGGAAAUGGUUCUUUUGAAAAUCAAACAAGGUAUUCAACCGGCUCUUAUCCACAAUCUGUAGCUGUUGGUGAUUUCAACAGCGACAAUCGACUAGAUAUCGUUGUCGUCAAUCAUUAUAGCGAUGAUGUGAGUGUCCUUCUUGGAUAUGGAAAUGGUUCUUUUGAAAGUCAAACAAGGUAUUCAGCUGGCAUUUAUCCAUCAUAUAUAGUUGUUGGUGAUUUAAACAACGACAGUCGACUAGAUAUCGUUGUCGCCAAUUAUGGUAGCAAUGAUGUGAGUGUCCUUCUUGGAAAUGGAAAUGGUUCUUUUGAAAAUCCAACAAGUUAUGCAACUGGCUCUUAUCCACAAUCUAUAGCUGUUGGUGAUUUCAACAACGACACUCAACUAGAUAUCGUUGUCGCCAAUGGGGGUAGCUAUGAUGUGAGUGUUCUUCUUGGAAAUGGAAAUGGUUCUUUUGCAAAUCAAAAACGAUAUCCAGUUGGCAGAUUCCCAAUAUCUGUAGGUGUUGGUGAUUUCAACAACGACACUCGAUUAGAUAUCGUUGUCAGCAAUUAUUAUACCGAUGAUUUAAGUGUCCUUCUUGGCUAUGACAAUAUAGUUUUUCGAAAGCAAACGAUACUGGUAACUGGAGAUAAUUCUCGACCACAGUCUUUAGUAAUCAGCGAUUUUAAUAAUGAUGAUUUAAUGGAUAUUGGCGUCGUUAAUUCACGCGCGCACAAUAUUGGUAUUUUUCUUGGCUAUGGAAACAUCUCUUUUGCCAAUCAAGUGACGUAUUCAACUGGCGUGUCUUCAUCUCCAUGCUCCAUGGCUGCCGGCGAUUUCAACAAUGAUACUCGAGUGGAUAUCGUCUUUGCUAGUUGUGAGUCAGACAGUGUUGGUAUUAUUCUUGGAUAUGGGAAUGGCUCUUUUGAAAAUCAAAUGAUGUACCCUACAAGCUCCAGUUCGUCUCGAUACUCUUUAGCUGUAAGUGACAUUGACAACGACACUAUACAAGACAUUGUCGUCGCGAUUCAUGAUACCAAUUAUCUAGGCGUACUUCUUGGACAUGGCAACGGGACAUUUGCAAGCAUCAUCUUAUUUCCGUUGGAGUAUGGAUCCAAUCCAUCCUCUAUUGUUGUUGGAGACUUCAAUAACGACAGAAAACUAGAUUUUGGUGUCGCUAAUAGUGGUACUGACAGUUUAAAUAUUCUCUUGCAGACUUGUUAGUUUUUCUCUCGCGUCCUUUAUAUUUUUCUAUCAUUCACUUAUUUUGUAUUCUCUCAUAUCUAGUGGAUACAUAGUUUAAAUAUUCAAAUGAUUUUAACUGCAAAAGAUGAGUGGGUGUGGGUGUGAGUGUUGAUUAUGACAGAAGAAAAACCCGCUCCCACUACCACACCCAUACUCCUAUCACACACCCAUGCCCCGCCCACACACCUACACCCAACCCACCCACACCUAACCACACCCACCCGCACCCACACCUAACCACACCCACCCGCACCCACACCCACACCCACCCACACCACCCACACCCUUCUCUCUUCCCUAGAAGGAUGAGAUGGUACUUCAUUCUUUUUGUCACGGAUGUGUAGAUUUACUAACCAGUUCGUUCUUCUUCGAUGUGGUAAUUAGAAGAAGAUGGGUCACGGCACCAAAUUGUUAGCUCGCUUCGACGAGCUUAUGUUUAUUUAGUUCGAUAUAUCUUUCUUGUUUAAAAAAUAUCGUUAACAACAUACAAUAGAGAAGGAGGAGAGAGAGGAACCAAAGGAAGAAGAGAAGAAAUAGAUAGUAAGAUAUCAAGGGAAAGAAAUGAGAAUGAAUCAUCGCUAACACAUGUACGAAGGGAGACGAACAUUGCUGCGCUACAGGUUCUUCUAUGUGACUAAUAUAGCGUGUUUGGCAACUGAAGAGAGUUGAUUGACGUGUCUUGCUUCCUUUUUCUUCACACAUUAAUUACAGGUAGAGUGUUGAUUACAUGCACGACGAGAAAAAAACCGUUGCUUAUGAUUCUUCAACCUGACUGUUUAUUUAUUUUUUAGUUAAGAUAGAAGAAAGACGGUGUAUGCAUCAAUGAUCGUUGCAGUGAAGAAGAGAUAAAAAGAUGUGUUCCCCAUGUAAAAAAAAUUGUUUAAAAAUCAUCAAAUAAUCGAUUUUUAAUCGAUUAUAAUCAUACGAUUAUAAUCAAAGAUUUUAGCUGAAAGAAUGACAUGCAAAUCAUCCCGAAAUCGAUUAUUUUGAUCGAAUCGCUUAUAAACAAUUU